AGUGAGAAGUAAACACCUGUCCUGGCGAUGAGUAAAUUCAACUGAGUAACAUGUUACUAUAGUGAUUAAGUAAUUCUUCAACAAGACAUUUUGAGGAUGAUGGGAGGGAGGCAUAUAUAUGUUCUUUUUGGAUUCUUACUGAGCCUAGUAUGGAGAACAGAUGCUGGGGCAAUCAGCUUAGAUAACUCAAACUUCAACUCUACUAUAGGUAACACACAUUUGGUUAUGCUCAACUUUUAUGCUGACUGGUGCCGCUUCAGUCAAAUGCUAUCCCCAGUCUGGGAUGAGCUUGCAGACAAAGUCAAUGCACAGUUUCCUGAGCCAGGUCGUGUUGCCAUAGGCAAGGUAGACUGUGAAAGGCAGCAGGAUAUUGCCUCGAGAUUCCACAUCACCAAAUACCCAACACUGAAGCUGCUAAGGAAUGGCCAGGUGGUGAAGAAAGAGUACCGAGGUCAGCGCACGGCCGAUGCUCUGGCAGAGUUUGUUGCUGAGCAGCUCAAAGAUCCUGUGGUGCUGAUUAAAUCAAUUGAAGAUGUUAAUGUGGCUAAGAAAGACAACAAGCGCACAGUGUUUGGCUUUUUUGAGAGCCAGAUGCAGGAAAUUCAAAUCAGCAACUUCAAAAAGCUCUCCUUGGCUCUCAAGGAUGACUGCAAAUUCUUCAUGGGCACUGGGGAGCCCGUAGAAAAGUUGCAUCCGCCCGGCAUGCCAGUUGUGACGUUCGUGGGCAGUGCAAGCGACGAGGAUGACACCUUCCUAGGGGACCUGUCGAGCUAUCCUGAGCUGCUGGCCUGGGCCACCGACCGCUGUAUUCCCUUAGUCAGGGAGAUCACAUUCGCCAACGCCGAGGAGCUCACAGAGGAAGGUUUGCCCUUCCUCAUCCUCUUCCAUGCACCUGAUGACCUGGAGAGUCCUAAAGCCUUCCGCUCAGUUGUGGAGCGGGAGCUCACCGAUGAAAAAACAAAUGUGAACUUCCUGAUAGCUGAUGGCAUCCAGUUCGCCCACCCGCUACACCAUCUGGGCAAGGACAAGAAAGACUUGCCUCUUAUCGCCAUAGAUUCUUUCCGACAUAUGUACCUGUUCAAAGACUACAGCAGCAUGGACAAGCCUGGCGCCCUGAAGCAAUUCCUGGCCGACUUGUACAGCGGCAAGCUUCACCAGGAAUUCCAUUACGGGCCCAUGGACCCGCCUGAACAGCAGACCCAGCCUGUCGAGAGGAGGCUGGAAGUUGUGCAGCAGAAGAGCCCGACAACGCCUCCCGAGAGCACCUUCAAGAAGCUGGGUCCUUCCCCCAACAGAUACACGCUCCUCGAAAAGCAGGAGCUUUGAGCUAACUGCUUCAAUGACUAUUAUAGGUUCAGCAUUUUGCAAUCUUACAUUAUCCUAAACCUCCGCGCUUGUUGACAACCGAAUCUUUGCGUUUCAGAUCAGAAUUGGUUUCUUGAAAAUCUUGUUUCAGGGCUGACCUUCAUUGGCCCUGACUCAGAUUGGAACACAUAUUUUCCGGUUUUAAACAUCUGUCGUGAGACUGCAUUUCCAAAAGAUAUCUUGCAUAAUUCUGCGCAUUGGUUUAUGCCUGCAAGCAUUACUCAGAAAGUUCUUUAGUGAUUUUCUCCUUUGCCUUGGCCAGGCUAAAGGGUAAUCGAAUGUGGUAUCCUCAUGGCAAUUUUGUAUGUUAGGGUCUCGUUAGUCGUGUAAUUGAUUCUUCAGUGCGAACCUCUGUCCAUCAUGCCAGUCCUCUAUUCUGUGCAAUUGGCUAGUUGCGGUCAGUUUCAAGUUUCCGUAGCCAACAAAUGCUAUUUAUGUUUGAAAAUGAUAUAUAUCAGCUAAAAAAGUUCUCUUCAAUCAGUUGAGCUGACGUUUAGUUAACCUCUCUUGAUUUGUUCUUUCCCUCUUCCCACUAAUACGCAUUUAUUAGCCUGUUUAUAUUGCAACGAAACAUCGAUAUUUGGUAAACAUGCGCCAUAAUUUUUCACUCCUUUCUUCCCAUAACUUUUCUCCAUAAAUUUAGUUCCCUAAUUUAACUUGCAAGUCUGAGUCAUAAAUCUAAAUAUGAUGUUUUUAUUCUCAUCGUAGGCUUGUUCGUGCUGUUAUGGUAGUCAGUUUUUGCCGUCAUAUCAAAGAGCUUCAAUUGAUGCAGUGAGAUGCGCUAAUUCAUUCAUCAUUCACAUGCUCAUAUUGAGUUGGGUGACGACCAUCCAUGACAACAUUAUCUCAGUGGAUGAGGCCCCUGAAUUUUGUAGAAAAUGCAGUUUAUUUUCAUCCGUUCAGCGUUGUCAAGGCACGUUCGUUUGUGUACACUGCUAACUAAUUGAUGUUGAUCGAGGCAUUCGUGUUGGUCUGUGCUAUUCGUCGUUGCUGCCACUGGGUUCUAAUGAUUUUAAUGUCCUUUAUUAUAAUUUAUUAUUCAUUUGCUAUAGGCUAAUGUUAUUCGAAAGCGAGUCCAUUGUAUGGGAGUCAAUGAAUGAGGGAAUUGAGCAUUUAAUCGUUCAGAAGAUUUUUUUAAGAUUGUGUCAAGUUAUCAGAGAGCUCUGAUUGCCUGGCAAAAUUUCAGUAGGUGUUGUCAGGGCGCAACUUUAUUAAGGACCUGGUUAAAAGUUGGUAAUAUCGUAUUAUUUGCGUGUUAUGAGAAGUUAUUUUCACAAAUUAAUCAUUGACUGCAUCUAAAUCCCAGUGCACUCCCGUAUUUCUGUACUUAUUAGGGGUUAUUGUUGGGUAAUAUGUCGGUCAGUUCUUGUUAGCGAUGGAGGCUGAGUUUGCAAUCUUGAUACAAUUCGGCAAUUUGUCUUCAUUGAAACUGUAUUCAAGCUUAAUGGCUCGAUGCUGUGCUGUUGGAGCCCGAAACGCUCAAUAAUACAGACAUUGUUUUCGUAACUUUCAAGUGUAGAUAUCUUCUCCUGACCAGUGAUCAUUCAUCUAUAAACUUUGUUAUCAUAGGUGACGUUUUCCUUUUCUAACGUCCUUUGUACGAAAACCUCGUGACUAUUUCAAUUUGGCUCUAAUUUUUUUGUUGCUUGCAUUUAUUCAUAUGGUUGAUUCUGAUUCGGCAUGCUUUAUUUAUGGAAUGAAUUGUGCUUCCAAUUUAAUUGGACGAAAAUUACGUGAUCGUUUUCACGUUGUGUUAAUUUCCUUCCCAAACUAUUUUAAUUGAUAGACAUUAUUUAUUUUCUGAACUCUGGAAUAAAUCUCGUAGCUUUACCGUGCAUUUACUCUCCGAUUGACCUCCAACAGAUUUAUAUUUGACCGGUUCAUCAAUGCCGAUCGUCUCACUUUUUUAGGUGUCUGCACCUCGUAGAAGUCCGGUGCUAUUGUCUUCUGGGUUGAGGUUUCAUCGGCGUGGAAAAUCACUUCUAUUAACCGUGUUUUGUUGAAAAUGCACAUCAUUCCAGUAUUCUGUAUCGAUCAGUGUGUGCGAUUUUUCUCCUCUACAAGUUGUUCUCUUAAAGUUAUUUUUUACGCCGUGAUGGUGUGCGUGAUGGCAAAAUUAUUUUCUGUGAUCACGUGGACAUGGUCAUUGAUUAUGUUGUAUUCAGUUGUGAUGGUUUAAAGUCAAUAAAUACUGUACAAUUUUA